CACAGCCUAAGUGAAGCUCAGACCGCUGCGAUGAGCUCACGGCCCGUGGUGUAACCUCUCGUGACAGAUUGACGGAUUCUCUCUGCGCUCUGAUCAACGGGCCCGUAAACUGACACUAAACGGGUCACCAUGUUCGCCGAUACUAUUCUCAUCGUGUUUAUCUCCAUUUGCACAGCGCUGUUGGCCGAAGCGAUUACCUGGGUUUUAGUGUAUCGCACUGAAAAGUACAAGGGGCUCAAGGCUGAAGUGGAAAAACAAAGCAAAAAACUGGAGAAGAAAAAGGAAACCAUCACGGAAUCUGCAGGACGUCAACAGAAGAAGAAAAUUGAACGACAAGAAGAGAAACUGAAGAACAACAACAGAGACUUGUCUAUGGUGCGCAUGAAGUCCAUGUUCGCCAUCGGCUUCUGCUUCACAGCUUUGAUGGGCAUGUUCAACUCCAUCUUCGACGGAAGAGUCGUGGCCAGGUUGCCAUUCGUGCCGCUCUCCUACAUCCAGGGCCUGUCUCAUCGCAACCUGCUGGGCGAGGAUUACACAGACUGCUCCUUUAUCUUCCUCUACAUCCUCUGCACCAUGUCCAUCAGACAGAACAUCCAGAAGAUGCUCGGCCUCGCGCCCUCCAGAGCUGCAACCAAACAGGCUGGAGGCUUCCUGGGGCCUCCUCCCCAAGCAGCCAAGUUUUCCUGAUUACCAGGCGGGUUCAACUGCGCCGUUCCUGCACGGCGACUGCGCAGCCGCGGCUCCGUCCUUUAGAGCGAGGACAGAACAGACUCUGCAAGCGCUGGAGGAGCAACUGUGUUAUCUGCCGCCUCGACUGUGUGACUGCCUUCUGUCGGAUUUCUCACUCCGCGUUUCUGUUUAUUUAACUUUUAAGAUUGUCUCACUUAGGAACUAAAAGAAAAUUAGUCCAUAAAUACGUUGAUUAGAUAAAGGAUACAAAUGACACCGCCGUGUGUUCAGCACAAGCCAUACAUUGUUUUGAGAUAUUAAUGAUUUAAUUGGUGCAGAAACAUCUGAUCCGUUUGUCAGUAUUAUCGUCAUUGUAUGUAUCCUUAUUUCUUACAUAUUAAUAAAGUUUUAUGAUUA